AUGACAAAAAAUGACGUAGAUGGAGAAACAGUGGAUUGUGGACUCACUGAAGCCAUGGUUGGCUACCUGUUUGAUGGUUCCUUCAAAAAGCAACUAAAAUUUCAACAGUUUGUACGCCAUUACAAGGAGAAUGAGACCAUUGUUGUACUGGAGCCAGUACCAGUUAAAGUCGCUCAGUCUACGGCAGAACUCCAGCCUCAUCCUUCCACUGAUCCAAGUGUUGAAGCAGCUCACAGGGGACUACCUAUUGUGACUGUCAUUCCAACCUUUCCCAAAGAUGUCCAGGUGAGACUUGACAUCAAGGAACCAUGUCACACAGUGCCAAAAGUACGCAGCAAAAUAAUAAGAACGCUGUAUGAAACGAUGGCAGAAUACACUUUGUAUCCAACUAAUGCAGAGUAUAUUCAAGGUGCCAAGGCACUGAUAGUGAAAUACCCUUUCCUGAGGGAUAAGGAGGGAAAUGGCUAUCACACCUGGUACAUGUCUUUAAAGCGAAAAUUUAAAGCAGAACGUGCACCACUUGUCAGCGACAGUGAAGUAAGAAAGGAGAAGUUUGGCCAUACAAAGCAGUCCAGAUCCACCAGUGCAUCUGCGAGCUCGUGUCGAAAGCCAGCUAGGGAAACUUGUGUUGGGGAGGAUUCAACGUUUGUUGAGGUCCAUGUGAACGUUCUACAAAGUGAGUAUCAGAAGAAACAUCCAGACAUCUCGACUGUCAAAGACCGCAUGGCACGAGCAUUCUCCUGGAGACGUCGAGAAAUCAUGGAAGGAAUGUCUGUGGAGGAUGUAGUCAAAAAGUACCCAUACUUAAGAACGCCUAAUGGAUUUUUUGAUGAGAUUGACCGAAUCCAUCCCUCACCAAGCAGCUUCUGUCAUCGCUUCAGAGAGGGCUUUGCUAGAGUUCUGCCAAAUGUGCUGAAACUUGCCACAGCAAAAUCCCCCCUAGCAAAACAGUACACUGAAACAAGACAGGAUGCCCUGGCUGAAGAUCUACCAGGAAUUGACUUAAGGGCUGGGCUUAUCUUCUUGCCAUUCAUCUUCAGAGAAAAGAUUGAACACUACAUUACUAUGAAAGAAGAGGACCCUGCUACCCCCUUUCCAACCAUUCAACUGAUGGAGAAUGAUUGGAAGAUGGCAAUCAUUGGAAGAGGGCACAGCGUGGUGAAGGUGGAUGGCAUGGUUGUGUGCCAGUGCACCAGCCUAGACGAGGCCUUCAUGACUGCCUUCUGUAUGUAUUUUACUUUUAACAUCACAUAUCCACCACACCUGAAGAACACUCUCACUUUUCUUCAGAGGAGCAUUGUCAACAUCGUGGAGGAGGGAGACAAGCCACUGCCAGUCACUUUACUAAGGAUGAUAAACCUUUUAUAUUAAAUCCUCAUCCCUCAAAUGUACCAUUGCCCAAAGUGCACACGGAGGACAUUCAGUCUCGUUAAAUUAAUCCAACAUGUUGGAAUCGUUCAUGCGCAUCAAUCAAAUUUUAAUAUCACCUGUAGUAUAAAUGAGUGCCAGUCAACUUUUUCGCGUUAUCAUUCUUAUAGAAAACAUGUUUACAGGAAGCACAGAUCCUUUGUUUUUGGACAAUCUGAUGACAAAAAUGACUGUCCCAGUGAAGAAGAGUCAGCAGUACAGCAACACAGCUUUUACCCUGAUCAGCAAAAUUCAUCUGAUCCAAAUUCCUCUGAUCCUCAAGUUAUGCCACUUUUAGAUAAACUUUUAGAAGAUUUCCAAGAACAUCUAUUUGGAUUCAUUCUUAAAUGCAGAGAGAAAAACCUUCUACAUUUGUCAG